AUGGCUUACAAUUUACCACAACCUGUGGCAUUCUCCUCCUCUCGGCACUGUCCUGGGAUCACCUGUGCUUGGCUGUCAGACAGUUUAGAGCAUGACUCUGCUGCCAUCACAGCAAAGGAACAACGGGCCUCUGUGACAAAGGUUCCCCGACGCUGCCCAGGGGACCCCAAAUGUGGAGGCAGGGAAGGGAUGGAAGAAAGCUAUGAGACAUUUGAGGAGGAGUUAGGGCCACCAAGAGCAGAUCCUCCUCCACAGAAGCCUGUUCGACAGAUCCACAGACCAGAAAUGUACGCUCCAAGAAAAAUUAGAGAGGAAAUGGCUCCAGUUUCAAAGCAGCCAAGAUCAGAACUCAAGACUUUACCCAGAGAACCCAGCUUCCCCAGGACAACAUCCUUGCAUAAAGCCUUGUCCAUCCAAAACCUGACGCAGAUUGAAACACCGUGGGAGAAUGUCACUCUGAACCGAUGUCUGUUUGUGGCCAUUACCAUCCUGGUGCUGACCUCAGGCUUUCAGAGGCUUCAUGAAACUUUGCGUGGUCAGGGGACAGUAGAGGAGGAAGAAGUUGGACUGACGGUGAGGCGGUCAGGCACAUUGCGACACAGAGGGCAACCACCUGAGCCUGAGACAUCUCUGUGGGAAGUCAUGUUUUGGUGGCUGCCAGACUUUGAUGACGAAGAGGAUGAGGAGGAUGAGGAGGACGAUGGAGAAGUCAGAAGAGGGAUGUCAAAGAAAGGAGCAAUGGCAAGAACAUCAAGAGGUCUCAGAAACAAGCCGCUGCCAGACAAAAAACUCAUGAAGCAAAGAGAUGGGAAAUUAAAGGACAGGAGAGCCCAGAAAACCAGGGAUGAAGAAACCAAAGACAAGAAAGACAGAGAUAAAAAGAAGGAUGUUGAAGAAGCAGUGAGCGAGGAAGAUGAAGACGAUGGGGAGACAGCGCCCAAGAAGAGUAGAAAGUUGGAGGAAAAGAAAGAGAAGAAAAAAUCUCAAAAGGGAUGAGUUGAUUCUUUCUAUCAGACACAAAUUAAUUUUCUAAUUCACCUACAUUGAUUUAAUAUUUAUUAAAGGAGGUAAAAACUUUUUUGUCAAAUACUGACACUCAAAAAUGAUCUCUGCCUUCAGUUAAAUCGCUGAACUUGUGUUACAGCUUUUUUGUUGUUUUGCUUGAUUGAUGACUGUGUGAAAGAGCUUUGAUUUACCAGUGAAGUUGUUUGCAGUUUCAUGGACUUGAUAAUGCUGCUUCAUUUGAAAUGUUCAUGUCAUUACUUGAUUGUUUUUUUUUUUGUGUUAAAAGACUUGAGACCUCUGUGGUCGGCUACUGAUGAAGCCAGAACUCUCCAAUUCACACAGAAGGGAAAGACUAGGGGCAACAAGGAUCAAGCUUUUGUUUCUAUUCAAAAUUUUGACCAAUAUGUCAUUUUUGACCCCCACUUGUGUUAUCUGAGCUGCUUCCAAGAGCCCAGUUAAAGGGUCUUCUUUGGUUAAUUCAUGCCUAUAUGAUCACAAGUAAUUCUGAGCAUAAAUAUUUCAGGAACUUCUGUGUUGCUCUUCUUUUUACAAAAUGUGUUUCUUCUGCUAUGACCCACUCACACGAUCACUUGAUUCAUCCAUAAAUCGUUCUGUGUAUGAUGACUUCGUAAAAGCACAGACUUCAAGAUGCAAAUGUUUUUUU